AUGCUGUACAACGCGGUUGAGUGCCAGAGGGUGAAAGUAAACAACACAGAGGGCGACCUGCAGCCGGGUUGGUGGAAUCCACCAGCUUCCGAGAAGUGCCACCUGCAGCUGCCCGAUGCAUUCGGUCAAUUAAGGUGUCAUCAAAUGAGCUCCUGUGAGCACUUUCGAGAAUUGAGCAGCUGGGAUUCAGCCGUGGCAAAACGCAUGAGACUUCCUAAAGUAGCAUGUACAAUUCGCCUCAUCACACUACUGACUGUCUGCUUUCUUUGGCUUCGCAAUUUUACCUGGGAGCUGAAUCCACGUCGGAGCCAUGCGGAGACUGUGACAUUCCAUUCCCCGUCCACGAUCGAACUGGGAACGUCCAACAUCCACGCGCUUCUCAGACAGGCACGUCUCUCUGUCAACGAACUGUGGAGGUUGAAUAAUGCCUACUUCCCCGCACGUAGUCGCACCUCCCCAUCAGCCGGGCGUCUAAACAGUCUCCUGUCUCAAGCUACACUUCAACUCACGGCCAUACUGGCUCUGCUCGACAAAGUCAGUGGUUGGCGUGAGGGAAGGCGUCAGAAAGUGGAUGCCCAGAGUUCACAUUUGCGGCGCCACAUUACGAGGCUACAGAAUCCUCCUGACUGUCGUCGAUCUCGCUUUGCUCUGGCAGAACUGCGUUACAGCUGUGGGUUUGGAUGUGCCGCACAUCACAUGGCUCUGAAAUUCUCAUUUGCCUUCGCAACCAAUCGCAAUCUGCUGCUGCAGUACAAUGACUUGAAAGACUUCUUCCUGCCGCUCUCUAACUGCUCGCUGAAGCACGCCGAAGGACAGCCGGGAGUUCCUCGUCUAGAAAAUGGCCUUCCACACACCGGCAAGCGUUAUUAUGCACCGGCUAUGCCACGUCAGUGGUCAGAGCAUCUACGUGAGCCGCUAGGAGACCCCUUUCCGUGGUAUCGUGGACACCUGUUGGGCUACAUUUUUCGUCCAAGAGAUCCAUCCUUACGCCAUGAACUAGAAGUGGAGCUGAAGAAUAUGAGGAAGUGUUCUCACGGCGAGCCAUAUGACGGACCGAUGGCUAGUAUACAUGUUCGUCGGACUGAUAAGCUCCUUUCUGAAGCCAAGUUCCAUUCAGUGGAUGAAUAUAUGCUCCACGUUGAACACUUCUUCGAUCUGAAGGAGGUUUAA